CAACUGUUUUCAAAUUUCACAGCUCCCACAAAAUCGCUUUUUUUUCCGUGUACUUCUUCCAUCAAUUAACAUACUCGAAAGAAGAUUAUUAACGGAGACAUUAAACGAUUCAACAGUAAUGGAUGUGAGGUCUGUUGUUGAAGCUGUUUCUACCGAUGAUGACGACGCUCCAUUGUACCAGGUUGAGAGCCUCUGUAUGCGAUGCCGUGAAAAUGUAAGUUUGUAUGCGAAUACACAUGUAUGAAGAUGAUUACAGUGGAAGUUCUUUGAUGCUGAUAUGGACUUCAAUUGCAUCGAGUGACAGGGGAUAACGAGAUGUCUAUUAACUUUGAUUCCACACUUUAGGAAGAUCUUAUUGUCAGCCUUCGAGUGUCCUCAUUGUGGCGAGAGGAACAAUGAGGUGCAGUUUGCUGGUGAGAUACAACCCCGAGGGUCUUGCUAUCGCUUGGAAUUCUCAUCAGGUGAUUAAAAGAUGCUUAAUCGACAAGUAGUAAAAUCCGAAACAGCCACAAUUAAGUCCGUCACUGCAAGUGUAAAAAUCCCGGAGAUUGAUUUGGAGCUUGCAGGUGGCAAUUUAGGAGGCCUUGUGACAACUGUCGAAGGUUUAGUCACCAAAAUCAACGAAAGUCUUGAGAGAGUACACGGGUUCACUUUUGGAGAUAGUCUUGAUGAGGAUAGAAGAAGCAAAUGGCUCGACUUUAAAGCCAGACUCCUCAAGCUUCUGAAUAUAGAAGAAACUUGGACAUUGAUCUUAGACGAUGCUCUGGCAAACUCUUUCAUUGCACCAACAACUGAUGAUAUUAAAGACGACUUUCAGUUAACUUUUGAUGAAUACGAGAGAUCAUGGGAACAGAACGAGGAGUUGGGAUUGAAUGACAUGGACACCUCUUCUGCUGAUGUGGCAUAUGCUUCAUGAAAUCAGUUGGCUUGUAUCAUAAUUAAGUUUGUGUCAUUUGUGUUUUUCAAGACUUUUUACUGUAAACUUAAUGCCUAACUACUUUUGUCUUAUUAUUUAAGAUUUCACAACCGAUUGAUUUUAGGCCAUAAUUUAUACUAGUUAUUUAUAUAAGAAAAUAAGAGAUUCGAGUUUUUGUAGGUUUUAGGGUCGUGGGUAUGUUUUUUUUAAUCAAGUUGGGAAGACACCAUCUUUUAUAAGGAUGUUGUGAUACAUAAAUAAAAAAUCUGACAAAAAACAUUCAAGACAAAAGGACCUUUAGAAUAAAAACUCAAUCCAAAAAC